UUGGUCGUCGCCAUUGGUGGCUGACAAAUGGGAGCUCGCUGAGCCGCGAGUACUGCAGAGUUGUUUGGCGCGGAGGCGACCCGAGUUUUCGCGGUAACGACAGCACAAGUCGCGGUCGGUCGGGGCGCGGACGUGGCCCCUGCAGUUUGAGUGAUGGCUCAUGAAGCAAUGGAUUGUGAUCUUCAAGUACCAAUAGAUGGUACUAUAGAACAGGCUCCUCCAACUGAAGUUAGCAGCCAAGGGGCACCUCUCCUCCAGCCUGCCCUUGCUGAAGUGGCCAAUAGCCAGGGAGGAGCACUUGGUCAACUUGGGCCUGCUGAAGUGGUCAGCAGCCAAAGCGGACUGCAGCCUCUGCCACCAGCAUCCAUUGACUUAACAGAGGAAAUACAGCCCUCAGAAGAAAAUAUGGAGACUGCCAAUCCAGGGACUUCUGAGGAGCGUAGAGAGGAAUCUGGUGCUAACCAAACUGUCCGAGCUGCUACAGAAGUUUCAAUGAACAACUUCAUCAGCGGGCUGCAGAGACUUCAUAACAUGCUGGAAUUGCUGAGACCUCCACCUUCAGACCAUAGUGUGGGGCCAGUGAGAACGAGGAGAAGAGCGGGAUCUAUUUUGAGGGCAAGAACUGGAGGGUCUCAGAGGCCACGUGGUGCCAGGUUGAGAACACCAGUGUAUGCCUACUUUCAGGUAAGCAGGUCUCAGCCAUAUGUACCGGCCACUGCUCCUGCUUCAGAGACUAGGAAUCCAACAUCAGGAACUGAUUCUGACAGUGACAGCUCUGCAGAGAAUGAAGAGGUUGUUGUCCAGGCGGAAGAACCGGAAGCUAAUGUUCCAGAACCAGAAGCUAUCUCAACAGAACAAGAAGCAACAUCUGUCACAGGAGAUGAUGCAAUCCCUAAAGAGCAGUCUCCCCAGAAACCCAAUGUUCUACCUUCUGAGGACAAUGAUGAAGAAGGGGAAACUUGCACAAUAUGUUUGGAACAGUGGACCAGUUCUGGGGACCACCGUCUCUCAGCCUUACGCUGUGGGCACCUCUUUGGAUAUAGAUGCAUUUCUAAGUGGCUCAAAGGACAAACACGAAAAUGUCCUCAGUGCAACAAGAAAGCCAAGCACAGUGACAUCGUCGUCCUUUAUGCCCGAUCCCUCAAAGCUUUGGACAAUAGUGAACAUGAACGCAUAAAAAGUGAUUUACUAAAUGAACAAAUGCUCAGGAGGCAGGCUGAAUUAGAAUCUGCACAGUGCCGGCUCCAACUUCAGGUCCUGGUUGAUAAAUGCACUAAACUCAAUAACCGGGUCCAGGACUUAGAAACUCUUAUUAUGCGGCAUCAGAAUCAAAUUCUACAGAAACACAGGGGCUCCCAAGCGCUGUGUGCGAAGUGCUUAUCCUCCAGCCAGACCCAGCAUAAAUACCACUUCCAAAAGACCUUCUCAAUAUCUCAGACAGGAAACUGCCGAAUCAUGGCAUAUUGUGAUGGUUUGAGCUGCCUAGUGGUGUCACAGCCUUCUCCUCAGUCUUCCUUCCUUCCAGGCUUUGGUGUUAAGAUGUUGAGUACUGCCAACAUGAAAAGCAGUCAGUAUAUUCCUAUGCAUAGCAAGCAGAUACGUGGAUUAGCUUUUAGCAGUCGAUCCAAAGGCCUACUGCUCUCUGCUUCCUUUGACAGCACUAUUAAACUGACCAGCCUAGAAACAAAUACUGUGGUGCAGACUUACAAUACUGGACGUCCUGUUUGGAGCUGUUGCUGGUGUCUUGAUGAAAACAAUUACAUCUAUGCCGGACUGGCCAAUGGUUCAAUUCUGAUGUAUGACCUACGGAACACAAAUGCCUAUAUACAGGAAUUAGUUCCUCAGAAAGCCAGAUGUCCUUUGGUAUCCCUGUCAUACUUACCCAGAGCUGCUGUGGCUGCAUUUCCUUAUGGUGGGGUGCUGGCUGGAACCUUGGAGAAUGCCUCCUUCUGGGAGCUAAAAACAGACUUUUCUCAUAAGCCUCAUGUGCUGUCCUUGGAGCCAGGGGGCUUUGUAGACUUUCAGACAGAGAGCAAUACCCGACACUGUCUUGUGACUUACAGGCCUGAUAAAAGCCAUAACACUAUACGAACUGUGCUGUUGGAGAUGUCUUACAAACUAGAUGAUGCUGGAGAACCAGUCUGUUCAUGCCUUCCUGUGCAAACAUUCCUUGGGGGACCCACUUGCAAACUAUUGACCAAAAAUGCCAUCUUUCAAAGCCCAGAGAAUGAUGGCAAUGUCCUAGUAUGUACUGGGGAUGAAGCAUCAAAGUCUGCUCUGUUGUGGAAUGCUGGCAGUGGCUUGUUGCUGCAGGACCUGAAGACUGAUCAACCUGUUUUGGACAUCUGCCCAUUUGAAGCAAAUCAGAGCAACUAUUUGGCCACCUUAACUGAGAAGGAUGUCCAUUUUUAUAAAUGGGAGUGAGCAUGGUCUUGAGACCUUCCAAACAUGCUACUGGUUAAUGUUAAGUAUUGUUUUUAGCACCUAGUAGUCCUGAACAAGAUACCUGUUUAUAUGUUGUAACUAGAACUUUUGAAUCAUGGGUUCAUUUGGACUAGUGUGAUUCUAGGUCAUGGAGACACUAAGAUUGUGUAUACUAUUUGAACCAAAAGAGUACCUUUGUGAAUCUUGCCUGGAAAUCCUUUAUUUAAAUUCUGCAGGAUCUUACAGUCUCACAACUAUUAUUUAGGAUAUGAGUAUGCACAGCACUUUGGGACUGUGAUACCCAACCAGCCUGAAUUGUCUUGGGUAGAAUUUGACUUAUUUCCAAGUUUGAAUGCUCAUAACUUUUAGUGACUUGAUCUCACCCACACCCCUGGGCUUCUGCCCCCCUGUGUCUGGUACACCAUGUGGUAUGUGUUGUGGCAACAACAGUUACAUUCCAGGUAUACAUGGGUACUAGAAUGUUGAAAAGUCCAGUGCUGGAGGUGGUUGAUGAGCUAGCUAUAUGAAGAGCCAUAGCUACAGCUUGUGUACAUUAAGGUCAUUGCAUUAUGAGAGAAAAGAAAAGGACCAGUUGUUUGAGCAAUUGUAAAAGACUUAGAUUUUUCUAGUUAGUGUAGAAUUCUCAGGGGUUUUUAUUCUCCACCAAGCCAGUGCUUAAAGAUGUACAAUUCCCAGGUAAAGACUUCUUUUCCCGUGUGAAAUGUUUGAUUCUGAGUUCCUCUGAUUUGCCUCCCAAUUUUUUCUGAAAGUGUUGUUAGUAGUGUGGUUAUUCUCAGGAAGGUAGUAGUGGUUAGACCUGUGGAUGACUAAUAGGAAGACACUUAGAAACUUCCAUUCUGGUUGUCCUGAACUGGCUGUCCAGCAUUUAGAGUUAUGCUCAGGUUCCAUUUGUCUACUUUGCCUUAGGCUACUUCACUAAACCACUGCCUCUAGGACACCCAAGGUGUAGACAACAUGGCUAUUGUCUCAAAUAUUUGUUGGUGAGGCACUAUCCUUUUUAAUAAAAGUUCUGUCCUACCUAUCAAACUCCUGAGCUAUUUUGGAAGUCUUUAUUACCAGUAAGGAAUUUUUUUUUUUCUUUUUUUGGGUGGAGGGGAGUAUUUCUGAGGCAGGGUUUCUCUGUGGCUUUGGAGGCUGUCUUGUAGACCAGGCUGGUCUCGAACUCACAGAUAUCCACCUGCCUCUGCCUCCUGAGUGCUGGGACUAAAGGCGUCCGCCACCACCGCCCGGCCCAGCAAGGAAUUUUUAAGGUUAAUUUUCCCCGGGUUCUAAGUUGUGGCUAUACAUAUUUAAUGAAGCCUAUUUGAAGAUACUUUUUUGUUUCAUUGGUUGGUUUUUAAAUUUAAAGCUUUAGAAAUAUCAGGUUCCACAUCGUGGGGGAAAGCCUCCCUCCCUCCCCCACUUUUAAAAGUAUCUGCCUAGGCCUGGAGCUUCAGGGACAGGAUAGGAUUUAAAUUAAAUAGAACUCAAAUAACUUCAGCAGAUGGCCACAGAGAAAGCUCUGGGUGUCAGGUUGGUCUGGAGCAGGGUUAGGAUUUGUCUGGCUUGAAGAAUGUUUAACUAAGGCUGACUGGGGAGAUUUACUACCACAGAAGCUAAGUAAAUAAAUACCAAGCCUUGCCACUUUUGCAUUUCCACAAUAAAUUUGGAUUAGGGUAGGAGGGUGCCAGAGCCUCACACUUGAUUUUUUUUUUUUUCUCUCUCUCUCUCUACCACUGAGCUCUAUCAGAAACCCAAAUCUGUGUUUUUGAAGUAAAUUCACAUGAUGGACUGAUUCUCUAAAGAAGACCUUACCUAGCCCCCACCCCGACUUGCAAGAAACAUGAUCUCUAGACCCAGACUCUAAUUUUAGCACCAGCAAGAUGUUUGUUUAUAAAUCUUGUCAUAAUUCAUUGGGAUUUUUGAAUAUUUACUGUGUUUCAAUGUUUGUUGUAAUGUUAGUAAAAUAAAGAAUUUGCCAUGUAUAACACCAA